GACCGCGACGCCGGAACUCACAUUUCGGGCUUGUGGAAGGGACGCCGGAGCCAUUUGGGCGAGGCACGCGUGGCUGCCCGGAGCGCUUCAGCGGGUGCUCUAGUGACGGCCGGGAACCACCAUGGCGGCGGCGGGUGGAUGGAAAUGCCGGUGACGGUCCGAAAACUCGCCUCCGUCUGUACCAUGGGCGCCAGUGCCUCUGCUUUGGAGAAAGAGAUUGGUCUAGAACAGUUUCCUGUGGAUGAACAUUACUUUGGCUUGGUCAAUUUUGGCAAUACCUGCUACUGCAACUCUGUUCUGCAGGCACUUUACUUUUGUCGUCCGUUUCGAGAAAAGGUUUUGGCCUACAAGGUCCAGCCGUGCAAAAAGGAAAGCCUUUUGACAUGCCUCUCAGACCUUUUCAACAGCAUCACCACACAAAAGAAGAAGGUGGGGGUCAUCCCUCCCAAGAAAUUUAUUUCCCAGCUGCGGAAAGAAAACGAACUCUUCGACAACUACAUGCAACAGGACGCACACGAGUUCCUGAACUACCUGCUGAACACGAUUGCUGACUUGCUACAAGAUGAGAGGAAGCAGGAAAAGCAAAAUGGCAAGCUGCAGAACAGAAGCAUUGAGAGUCACAAAGGGGAGAAGGUGGACCUCACAUGGGUCCAUGAAAUCUUCCAGGGGACACUAACCAAUGAAACCAGAUGUCUUAACUGUGAAGCUGUUAGCAGCAAAGAUGAGGACUUUCUGGACCUUUCAGUUGAUGUGGAACAAAAUACAUCGAUAACACACUGUUUGAGGGAAUUCAGUAAUACUGAGACUCUGUGCAGUGAAUAUAAAUACUACUGUGAGCAGUGUGGCAGCAAACAGGAAGCGCAAAAGAGGAUGCGAGUGAAAAAGUUGCCCAUGAUUCUUGCUCUGCACUUGAAAAGAUUCAAAUACAUGGACCAGCUGCAUCGAUAUACCAAACUUUCCUACCGCGUAGUCUUUCCUUUGGAGCUUCGACUCUUCAACACUUCAGGAGAUGCUACAAACCCAGAUAGGAUGUAUGAUCUUGUGGCUGUAGUUGUUCAUUGUGGCAGUGGUCCAAACCGUGGACAUUACAUCACCAUUGUGAAGAGUCAUGGUUUUUGGUUGCUGUUUGACGAUGAUAUUGUAGAGAAAAUUGAUGUUCAAGCAAUUGAAGAAUUCUAUGGAUUAACAUCGGACAGUUCCAAAAACUCAGAAUCUGGAUAUAUCCUCUUCUAUCAAUCAAGGGACUGAGACAGUGCACUUUGAAGCAUCUUACAUGUUUUCAGAAAAGGAAUCAAGCCCCCGCCCAGAUAGGACAUUGUAGUGAUAGUAAAAUCAAUUCCUCAUCAUUGCCAUAGGACCACAGGACGUCACCAGGACAAUAAACUGGGCCAUUUUCUCAAGGACGACAACUGCCGUUAGCAAGAAGGCAUCUUGCUUUGGAUUUCUUUCUGGGCUAUUUUAUACUUGUUAUCUUCCCAAAUCUGUGUUACCUCUACUUGAAAUAUGCCUGCUUGAACAUUCAAGAACCAAGGAAAGAUUUUCUUGUUUUUCAGUAGCAUUAUACAGUUAGUUCAUCAUUCAGGGUUGAUGGCCUGAGACUGUCCCUUGGUUUCUAUUUCUCCUGGUUUUUUCCUGUAUUCUAGCAGAAUGAUUUCAGUCUUCAGUGACAGCUUAAGACCUGUUUUAGGGUGUGAGCUGCAGAAAGUUGCUGACUGCUGUUGGUGGCCCAAAACAUCAGGAUUGUGUGCAGAUUAAGUUGUAUUGGAAAUAUCACACCUUUAAUUCUCUGUGUGGCAAAAGGAGAAAAAGUUGUUCCUACAGUGUUGUGAAUUUCCUCAAAAGGUAGCAUCUUGAUUUCAGACAACACUAUUCUGAUUCUACAUUUAUCCCCACUUUGUCUUUCCCUCAAAUCUUAUAGAAAUGUUAUUUUUAUGUGCUUUAUAAUGUAUUCUCUACUCAAAGCUACAAUAUUGCAGAAUCUAAGGGAGCAAAGAAGUAGAUGGAAGUCUUUGAGGUCCUGUAAGCUGAAUUUAUUGUAUUUCUUGGAGCUCUUAUAUAAGCCAAAAGUGCCCUCUACUGAAAAUAGA